AAUGAAACGCAGCUUAAUAGCAUGUACAUCCACUUAGAAGUAUAAAAGGGACCUUCUCUAACAGAGUAGACAAAAUACAUUUGCUACAUUGCUUUUGAAGGAUAUAAGCUUUGCAAAAGGCAGAUUAGUCAUGUCAGGAGCUAAGAAAGGAGGACAAAGCCAACAGAGCCAGGGUUUGGCUAAGUGCGGUGAUGACAAGCAGGCUGAAUGCCAAGGCUCUGGUGGUGCCGGACAACAGUUCAAAGAUAAGAGCUCUCAUGGAGGAGGUGCUGCAGGACAUGGUCAGGAUCAGAGCCAUGGUGGAGCAGGCAAGAUAGGUGGAGGAGGCGGACAAGGCCAGGACCAAGGCAAAGGCUGCCAGGAAGGAGGCAAGAUAGGAGGUGGUUCUGCAUGGGGGCAAGAUAAGAGUUCUUCUGGUGGUGGUAAAUUAGGUGGAGGAGGCGGACAAGGCCAGGACCAAGGCAAAGGCUGCCAGGAAGGAGGCAAGAUAGGAGGUGGUUCUGCAUGGGGGCAAGAUAAGAGUUCUUCUGGUGGUGGUAAAUUAGGUGGUGGAGCCGAACAUGGCCAAGAUCAUAGUUCCCAUGGAGGAGGCAAAGCAGGAGGUGACUCUGGAUGGGGACAAGAUAAAAGUUCUUGUGAUGGUGGUAAAUCAGGUGGUGGAGCCGGACAUGGACAAGAUCAUAGUUCCCACGGAGGAGGCAAAACAGGAGGUGACUCUGGAUGGGGACAAGAUAAAAGUUCUUGUGAUGGUGGCAAAUCAGGUGGUGGAGCCGGACAUGGCCAAGAUCAUAGUUCCCACGGAGGAGGCAAAACAGGAGAUUGUGGUGGACAGUCAAAGGAUCAAGGAGAUCAUGGUGGCAACAAAUCAGGAAGUGGUGAUGCUGGACAAUGCCAGGGGAAAGGUGGACUUGGUGGUGACAAAUCUGGGGGCAGCAGUGGUGGUGGCUCCCAUGAUCAAGGUGGUAUUGGGGGUAGCAAAUCAGACUCCAGCCAACAGAACAAAGGAUCAGGAGGAAGCAAGAAGUGAAAACCACACUGGAUUUAAUGCAGCACAGUCCUAAUAAACAUGUAGCAAUGCUUAUUCUAUUGAUUAAAUAAAAUUAUAUAAUAUUCUCACUG